UCCGCGCGCUUUGAUCCCCCCUGGCUGGCCACUUUGCUACGAGUAACUUCGUUCUACGCCACGCUUUGUCGUGCAUCGUGGCCACUGAACGUGUCUUCCGCUAUAUAAGGGGGAGCUAGAGCACACAAUGGCACUCACCUCUCCACCACCUCUCCCAACAUUACGCACACCCAAGAGCCACAACCACUUGAUACAUCCAUGCUCUUCUUCCUCAAACCAGAAGUCAACCCUACUCGUCCUGCCAUCAGUGAUCAAGUUAUGCCAGCUAGGUCCGAGACUGUGAUCGUGCCGACGCACAACGGCCGAGGCUCCAUUGGUCCCGACGGAAAGGAGCCCGCCUGGCACUUACUCCGCCUGGACCCUGUCGUCGUCCCUCUGCAUAUCCCGUUACCUGGACGUGUCAGCCCGGUGUUUGAAGGAUUACAAGGGAUCUCAUUCAAUUUGAAGGGUGCGACGCAACCUGGAAUACCCUGGGAUAGUAAAUGGCGUGAUUGGGUCUUCGACGCAAUGGAGGACCCGACGGGCAUCGCGCUGCCACGCCCGAGGCCGGGGAUGAAGCCAGAGAAGACUAUUGUGAUACAUCUUAACUGGCCGGGCUAUGCAUGCGAGAGGUCCUAUAAGAUCGCCACAUACCGACCAAAUCAAGACGGCAUUGACAUGCCGCUCACUCGAUUUGAACUUCUAAGUGACCUUUUCACUUGCUUAGAAGUAUACUGCAAAGUUUGUUCGUCGGAGGACUGCACUGUAGUCUCGACAAGGUGGUACAAUCAGCAUGGCGUCUCUGGCACCCGGGCCUGGCGGCUCGCGUUACCGGGUUACGACGCGCAGGAAGCCGGCCACGUCACUGUGGACUGUCUGUGGGUCUUUGAGCUAAUGUAUAGCUCGGAGAAUGUGUUCAUUCCGAGGCUUGCUCUCGCGGUGCAAACUGCGCCUCCGCACCAGGGACAGCCACUGUAUUCGCAGCGAUAUGUACAGUGCAACGACUCGCAGUAAUUGCUCGAAGAGAAGGGUGGCGAUCACACUUAUAUGUCAACUAUGUCGGAGUCUGUGGAAUUGUUGUAUGACCGUAUGCUUUAUGCC